AUUGAUAACAUUUCCCAGCCGCAGUAUUUAGUGUUAACCGAGUGGAGUGUGUCGACAAAAUGGGAGCCGCCAAAAAAUACCUUAACAACCAGUUUAUGGCGCGAAAGUUCUUCCUAGAAAACGAAGAGGCGUCAGAAUUCUACCUUUGCUCAUUACAGAGCAAUCGCUCCUCGGUACCACUUCUUCUUAUAAGAAUCGUGAUAUUCCUAGGAUGUCUAGGAAUAGUUCUGGCGUCCGGGAUUCUCACCGGUCAGGCCAUAGACGCUAAAUACUGGCCCAUUUAUCUUACGCAUUGGGGGAUCUUAUUGAAUACAGUGUGUGCCUUUUUAGCAUGCUGCGUGUCUAUUGCAGCAUAUGCUCAGGGAGGUAUAGACGCGACAUUCGGCCUGCCGUGGUACGUGAAGGCGUACUGGUUCAGCUUCAACGCAGCAGUUCCGAUCGCGUUCUUCAUUACAGCGUUCUACUACGCCUUCUUAUCUUCUAUGGGGGAGGAGUUCGCAAUUAACCAAGUUCUGGACUUGUUUAUCCACGGGAUAAACUCCGUCCUGAUGAUGUGUCUGUUGCUCACAGCUCAACACCCCUCCCUUAUUUUGCACUUCUACCAACCUAUUAGCGUUACUCUGGUCUACUUGGUCUUCGGCAUCAUCUACUAUUUCGCUGGAGGGACUAACCCGAACGGAGACCCAUGGAUCUACCCAAACAUUGACUGGAGGGAUCCCGGCCCCGCUACUGGCAUGGUGUUCGCGUCAGCAGCAAUGAUAAUCAUCAUCCACCUCCUUGUCGUCCUCAUAUCCCUGGCUAGAGACUGGUUCUCAAAGCGGUACAUAAGGGACUCCAGAACAAUGUCUUUUAACUCAUAGGAAAAACAAUAUUGUGAUCAUAUGCUCUCUAAGAUAAGUUAUUGAUUAAACGUAAAAUAUGC